AUGAUGAGACCUUCCCUUUCACCGAAGGCGGCUUUGAGAGCUGUCAGCCUCCGACCGCCUUUGUCCAACCAUGUCCUAGGUCAACCAUAUCCAAGCCGACUUCGUCGGCACUUUGGACUUUCAAUGCAUCUCAGAGAAGAAAAGAGACAAUCUUUUAAGGGUCAAUUGUAUGAAAGUACUCAGCAGCGGAUAAAACGUGAGCGGGCAGAACAAGAACGAUUUUCACAAUAUCAAACACAGUCAUCUGGCGCUCGCUAUGCGGCCUUGAUGUUUGUUCUGAUCUUCUUCACUUCUGGCGGGUAUUACCUCGGGUCUCUUAAGCCGACAGCUCUUCCGACCUCGUCGACAACAGCACUUUCAGAUUUGGAGCCUGUCCGACACAACACGUCACAAUCAAAUCUCCAGGCUGCCUGGGCCGACUUUGUCGAAAUCCUGGGCAAGCAGAAUGUUUCUACAGAGGAUGGUGACCUAGUUGCUCAUUCAGGGUCUGAGUGGUCGUCGUAUUCACGAAAGGAUAACGAGAAGCCAUUCCUUGUAUUAUACCCGUCAACCACGGAUGAGGUCUCUCGGAUUAUGAAGGUCUGCCAUCAGAGAUCGAUACCUGUGACGGCUUAUUCUGGCGGAACAAGCUUAGAGGGUCAUUACACUCCAACAAGAGGUGGAGUAUGCAUCGAUUUCCGACGCAUGAAUCGGAUCUUGGAGCUACACAAGGAAGAUCUGGACGUCACAGUGCAACCUGCGGUUGGAUGGGAAGAAUUGAAUGAGGAACUUUCCAAAGAUGGACUUUUUUUCCCUCCAGAUCCGGGUCCUGGUGCUAUGAUUGGCGGCAUGGUGGGGACAGGCUGUUCAGGCACCAAUGCUUACAGAUAUGGGACAAUGAGAGAAUGGGUUAUUUCGUUGACAGUGGUUCUUGCUGAUGGAACUGUCAUCAAAACAAGACAACGGCCAAAGAAAUCAAGUGCCGGCUAUGACCUGACUAGAUUGUUUAUUGGAAGCGAGGGAACUCUCGGGUUGGUGACGGAAGCAACCUUGAAAUUAGCGGUCAAGCCGAAAUGUCAAAAUGUCGCUGUGGCUAGCUUUCCGACCAUUCAUCAUGCUGCCGAUUGCGCAAGGCGAGUGGUUGAAGAAGGUAUUCCCGUCGCAGGCCUUGAAAUACUGGAUGAUGUGCAGAUGAAAUGCAUCAAUGCAAGCAAAACAACGAGUCGUGAGUGGGCAGAGGCACCCACUCUCUUCUUCAAGUUUGCAGGAACCCCUGUCGGUGUAAAGGAACAGAUUGGUAUUGUGCAGAAAAUUGCCAAGAGUAGUGGAGGGAAAACUUUCGAAUUCGCUCGUGGGGAUGCAGAGAUGCAAGAACUCUGGAGCGCGCGCAAGGAGGCUCUUUGGAGUGUGAUGGCCAUGAAAAGAGACUCCAAAGACCAUGUUUGGACAACUGAUGUUGCUGUGCCAAUAAGCAAACUGCCAGAGAUCGUGGAGGCAACUAAACAGGAUUUGACCCGGAGUGGGUUGCUUGCAGGCAUCUGUGGUCAUGUUGGUGAUGGAAAUUUCCAUGCAAUCAUACUAUUCAAUGACCAAGAGAAACAAUUAGCGCAGGAAGUCAUUCACCGGAUGGUAAAGAAGGCCGUCGAAAUGGAAGGUACUGUCACGGGAGAACAUGGCGUUGGUCUCGUCAAAAGAGAUUAUCUUCCUCAUGAGGUGGGAGAGUCCACAGUUGAUGCCAUGCGUCGGGUUGUCCGAGUUGACCCGCCUAGCAUAGGGGAAAUCAAAGAAUGGUAG